AUGAAGUCUGGUGAUGAAGUAAUACCAGGCAGUGUACUGCUUCCAGCUACAAGGCGUGGGAGAUAUCUGGCGAACAUCGUGAGAAGACAGGCUGUAGAUGGAACGGGUAUUAAGUUUAACAAGGAUGCCGAUAGAAUCAACGCAGAGGCUAAAAAGAAGGUGGAUGUUCUGUCCGAAGAACUGUUACCAUACAUAAUAGCAGAACAGGAGAGGCGUACAACUUUAUACAAGCGUAUAAUGACUGCGAUACAAAAUGGUGAAAAAGGCGUCACUAUAGCCGAGAUUCGAAAUAAACCACCGUUGAUUAUAAGAAAAGGAAUGCUCUACCGAUGCCCAUCGAACAGAGCCCCCAAAGAACCAGAUGGAUCUGGUAUCCUCAUGUGUGAAGACAGCAUCGAGCCAAGUCAAGUUAUGUACGACUCCUGUCUCAGUGCAGAGGACAAAGAGCUUUAUGUUGCUGAGAAUAAUUACUUCUUUUGUAAUCGUCACAAAAUCGAAGGUCCUGACUUGCCACGAAAUGGUUCAACCGUUAUAGGUUGUGCGCCGAUAGAGAGGACGUCUCUCAACUACACAAACCUCAAGUGCGCCUUGGAGGACACGGAUGAUGUUGUUGUGCAUUACAGAUAUUAUCCUGACAGGACGUACAAGUUUGUGACGGAACUGGAUCCAGACCGGGAAGUCUGCGAUCACUGGAACCCUUGUCAGAUCGGCUACAUUUACAGCCUACCUACUCCCGACCAGGCCUUACUAGCUAGCGAACUAUGGCAUAACUAUGUUGAAAGACAAGAUGAAUACGAAAGGGAUGAAAUUGUGCCGCCGAUACCAGAGGACAGCUUGGAAGAAUUUGUGUCGCCACUAUCCACUGAAUAUUCGACGAGUCCACGAAAAGUCAUCAUUCCCGAAGAAUACGAACUCAAGGCGGUCAAGCGGAAGAGGCCCCAUAGUAAUCAAUUGGAAGACCUAGACGACCUGUCAUCGCCUACAUAUUCUCUCGAGUUCUCUCCUGACAAGACCUUCGUGACAGUCACUCUCUCCUUCUCUCCGUGGGCCAAGUCGAAGGAUUACGGAGAGUACUAUGUACAGUUUGGCAGUGCACGUCGCAAUAAGGAGAAAUAUGUCAAAUUGGUUAUUUUAUUGGGAAGUAUGACUACGAUCUCCUAUCGCACCAUAGAGCUCUUGCAGGGUCAGCGAGCAAACACAUCGAGUAUUGCGUUCAAAUGCAACAGAUGCCGCCUGCUCAAUGUCAUAGUACGAGCCAGUGAUAGCAACAUAUACAAUUUAGAUAGUUCAAGAUAUCGCUUAAGGGAAUAUCGAGAUAAGGAAGGAAAACCAAAGCAACUUCUAGAAAUCGAAGUGGAGGGAAUGAAGACACAAGAUUUUGGUGAUUAUUUUGCAGUGAUACAGAAUGGUGAAGGAUUGGAAGAGAGGGUUAAAGUUCUGAGUGUGCUAACUCCCGAAAAGGACACAGAAAACGCAAUUAAAAUUCAGCGCCUCAGUGCGUCAUUUGACGUGGGCGGCCAUUUUGAUCGCACAAUGAAUUACACGUGCGAAGAAUGUUCUGUCACGGAUAUUCUGUGCAAUGGCGAGAGCGUGCUGUCUGCUGGAAGAGUAUCUGUCAUUCACGUCACCAAUAUGAUUAGCUUCAAUUUUCCAAGAUUUGAGGACAACCACGCUUGCGUAUACAUGGGAUUCUUUAAGGAUAAGAACAAAUUCAUCAAAAAGAUAUUAGCUGUUAUUGAUAAUAAUUCACCUGGUGUUGUAAUACCAGAAGUGGUGAAGUUGGCAUCACCAAAGAUCGGUGAGCAGUUCCAGCAGCAGGUGCCGUUCACCUGCAGUGAUUGUACUGUUGAAAAGGUGUUUGUUAAUGGUAUACCGCUUCAGACGUCCUUUAGGCGAAAUUCUGUUGGGUCCAUUGCAAUAUUUACGGCGACUUCAUCAGAGAUUACGAUAAGUAUAACAGAAUAUACUCCAACAUAUGAGGGAGUGUAUCAAGCGGUCUUUGCGUCUGGCUCCGAUGCUGUCACCAAAACCAUUAUGGAGAUACGGGAUGAAGCUGAAACAACUCCAACUCAAGAAGAAACAACCGCUGGUUCCACCAUCGCAGUCUCCGAAUCAGAUGUGACAGGUGUAACGGACACACCCACUGAAGCUGCUGCUGCUGAAACCCCGGAGCCUACAACGGUCGCUGCGUAGAAACGUGAACAGUUCAUUAGCUCAGAGAAAU